CAGCAACAAACAAACACACACAACCACACGACAACGCAAUCCGCACCACCACGAUGAAGUUUGGACGCCGUUUGGAGAGUGGAUUGAUGGAGAAAGGAUGGGAAGACAAGUACAUCCAGUACAGGGCACUCAAGGAACUCGUCUUCGCCAUCACCUCCAAUGGUGAGAGGGAAAACCAGGAGAGUCUGGUGGACGCGUUCAUGCAGAUGCUGACAGAUAACGUGGAUGUGGUGGACGCCUUCUUCGAGGAGACCAUCCACAAGUUUGAAGCGUUGUGGGGCCGAUGCCCUCGCUUGUCUGGUGACCAUCGCCUUCUCCAGCCUGACGCCGCUCCACUCGACCCAGUCACUGGACUCAACACUGCUCAAGAUGUCGAUGACAACAGCAGUGACGACAACACCGACACUGUGAAUGGCGUUGGUCUACAAGAAGCGACCGCUCCUGCACCAGAAACCAACAGCACGAGCACUCACUCCUUUGCACAGAACAGCAGCGAUCAAGCCGAACCUGAAGCCGACACCGCCGAGAACCCAGCUCCUGCGAGCUCGUCCCUUCCUCUUCCAGAACGUGACACGCUUCGAGGCCACCUUCAGGCAAUCCUGGCCAACACAGACUUUUCAACAACGGAUCCGCAAGUGGUGGGUGACCACGCGGCUGAGCAGUACCUCCAUGCAUAUGUGGCGUUGAGCGAACAAGCAGAGGCCCUCCGCAGGUUUGUCGUCGUUAACCAGGCGGCGCUCAGCAAGAUUAUCAAGAAGUUUGAGCGACGCGUGCUUGCGUGCACCCGUGUUCCCGCCGACCACACUCGUACGCUGCGAGCUCUAGUCCUGCAGUGCGCGCAGGGUGACAGCAUGGAGCGGCUACAGCAGCUGCAAACGGACUUGCGUGAGCUUGGAGACGAGCUGAUGAUCUCCUCGAGUGCCUUCCACGAGUACGUGUGCAGCCUGCGCACGCAGUACUGGGCGCAGCUGGCCGAGCACCAGGCACAAGCAAAGGAGACACGCCACUUCACAGCCAAGCCGCGUGCAAAGCGGCUGGCAUCGCUCACAGAUUUUCGCCAGACCUUUAGUCCCGCCAUCAUGCUGGUGGUGGAGACAAUCAUUGCGGUGGGGACGUUGGUCAGCACGUACACGCUGUCAAGCAACAUCAUCGUCGACAAGGAAACCAACAUGACCGUCUUUGAGAAGAAAGGUUACUUCAUCUCCGCGUCCAUCGACAAGUCCCCCGCUUCCCAUAUCGGCACUCUUGGUCUCUCCAUCAGCUGCUUUGGCCUUGCUGCCAUUGUUCUCGUGCGACACAAGUUGAUGAAGCGUUUGCUUGCUGGCCGCGCAACACUGCUGCACCGCUUCUCGCUCUUCCUUGCGCUCAUCAGUCUCUUCUCCGGUGCUGGCGUGGCUGCAUAUCAGCAUCAUCUGCACAAGCUUGGCCACAACACAUUUGCAGUCCUCUUCUUCAUCCUCGCCAUGAUCCACGUGGGCAUCGACAACUUCAUCGAGCGCAAGUACAAGCUGUACUCCAGACUCGCGCGCACCGUUCGCUUGGUGUUCGUGGCGCUGAUUGCAGUGUCUGUGGUUGUGUUUCUGACAUUUCUGCGCAUGAGCGGGGAUAUGGACUCGCCCCAGCGCGACCACAACCUCCUCUUCAUUGCUGCCGUCGCUGAGCUUGCUGCCUUUGGCUUCCUCCUCCUCUACUUCCUCACCCUCCUGCCCAACUUCAACAAGACCCGCCUGUACAUUGUGCUCGUUGAGCGACGGGCCACCACCAUCCUGGAACCGUUCCGCGUGGAUGCGUUUCUCACCACCGACCACCGCGUGACGGCGAGCGGUCGCCGCCUCCUCCGCAAGACGUCUCAGCGGCUCAGGCGCUUCCGCUCAUCCGCGCUCCCCACUGUCGACAUGAACGGCAUUGUGCCCCGCCUGCAGCAGUUUGUGGGCGCCACGCCUCGGCGACGGAGGGCAAAGGCCGAGUAGCACUUGCAAGUGUGUGUGUGUGUGUGUGUGUGUGU